GACCGUGACAAGAGCAGGGAUACUGCGCAUGUCCGAAACUGCCAAAUAUGAACGCUGCUCCAACAUACGAACAAACCAGAUAUUGUUCAGCAUGACCAGUAACUUAUCAUCAACACUCCUGGAGGCAUGGUAUUUUUUAGGUAAUCAGCGACUUCUUCCAUAAGUCUGGAAUUAUCCCAGUGUUCAUUGACCGCUGGAACAGCUUCUGGAACGGUAAUGUGAGCUGGUCUGCGCAUGCCUGAAGUGCCUUGCUGCUGACGCCGUCUGGACCAUAAGGUUUUUUGAACAUCAUGGGCGGUUGAGAAACACACCCUUGACAUAUCUUUAGUGAGGAGCACAGAAGGCUAGUUAGACUAGGCUAUAUUCCAGACCAGACCCCUCAGCCGCAGUCCAGAAGCUAAUGCAGCCAUGGCUGAGGAGGACUAUGGCUGCUUUGUGGACUGGACCCAAAUGGGGGACAUGGCCAAGAGCAGUGGCACCUCCAAAUUGGACGUUAAGGACCACGUGGAGCUCAAAAAGCUGGCCAGGCAGGGUUACUGGUCCAAGAACCACAAGCUCCGUGCCCAGGUCUACCAGCAACUCAUUAAGGCAAUCCCCUGUCGAACCGUGACACCCGACGCCGAGGUCUACCGCGACCUCAUGGGUGACGACACAGGUAAAAAAGCCUUGUCCUCCAUCCCACUGCCAGACUUUGUGGACGGCAGCGCUGUGCCGCACUACUGCCUCAUGGCAGACGCAGUGACCGUCGUCCACCGGGUCAUCUCCUGUCUGGAGGGACAGUUCCCGGACAUCUCGCACUGCCCGGCGCUGCCCGCGAUGACAGCCCUCCUGCUGCACUUCAGUGCCAAUGAGGCGCAGUGCUUCGAGCACGUCAGCCGUCUGCUGGCCUGCAAUGAGCCGGGCCAACGCUUUGUAGACCAGACCUUCCUGGCCUAUGAGUCCAGCUUCAUGACCUUUGGCGACCUGGCCAACAAGUACUGCCCGGCAGCUCACAAGCUCAUAGUGGCUACAGCGCAGGACGUGGUGGCGGUGUACUCGGACUGGCAGCGCUGGGUGCUAGGUGACCUGCCCUUCAGCCACGUGGCAAGGGUCCUAGACGUCUUCCUGGUGGAAGGAUACAAGGUGUUGUACCGCGUUGCCCUGGCCCUGCUCAAGUUCUACCGCAAGCAGAAGGCCGGGGAUGGAACACAGCAAUCAGAGGGCCAAAAACAGGACUCUGUGGGGGUCAAGGCAGAGAUCCAGGCUUUCGUCAAGGCCAUCGGCUCCUACAUCACCCCGGACAAGCUGCUGGAGAAGGCCUUCUCUAUCCGCUUGUUCAGUCGCAAAGAGAUCACUCUCCUGCAGCUAACCAACGAGAAAUCGCUGCAGCAGAAGGGCAUCACUGUCAAACAGAAGAGGCGGACCGUGCAGCUGGCUCUGAACCCGGACACCUUCUCCUCGGAGGUAGUCAGCGCCAAGGAGAUGAAGGACAUCUGGUCGUGGAUCCCCGAGCGCUUCGCCCUAUGCGAACCGCAGCUCCUCUUCACCACCUCAACCCAUGGCUGCAGCCUCAACAGGUUCUACGCUCAUGUCGAAGGCUAUGAGCCCACUCUGCUACUCAUCCGGACCUGUGAAUCUGACGUAUGUGGAGCCUUCCUCUCUACAGAUUGGGAGGAGCGCAAGCGAGGCGGGAACAAACUCAGCUUCUUUGGGACCGGAGAAUGUUUCAUCUUCAGGCUGAAGCCGGAGAUGGAGAGGUAUGAGUGGGUGGUGAUCCGUCACCCGGAGCUAGCCUCCACCAUCAAGGGUCAGAGCAGUGAGGUCCCUGCCGAGGACGAGGCUCCCCCCGACAAGCAGAACUCGGACGGCAACCGCCUUCCUGUGGGAAGGCCAGCCGCUGACCCAUCUGAUCGCCUGUCGCCCUUCCUCUCAGCCCGACACUUCCAUCUCAACUCCAGGAACACCUCCAUGUUCAUGUCGGGAAACUUUGACUCCAUCAUAGUGGGGGGAGGCGAGGGCAACGCGCUGUACAUCGACAGUGAGCUAAACCACGGACGCACAGCCCGCUGCACCACCUUUGACAACCCACCGCUCUGCUCCACCGAGAGCUUCCAGGUGGCCCUGCUGGAGGUGUGGGGCUUCAAGGACACCAUGGCCUCAGAUAGAUAGACACUCACAGUUCGAGAUACACACAUCCCACCAAGGGCCUGAUGAAGCUACCUGCAGUAUCAGAACAAACCACUUUCCGUCCAGCAAAUUCAUUUAUCCAUUGAACUCUACAUAAAUGUGAAAUAUAUGUAUUUAUUCAUGUAAAACAAGUAUCAUAUUCUGAAAGUGUUUUUAUUUGUGAUUCUUUUUUUUACAGAUGUUUUAUUACAUUGUAUUACUAUUUUUGUUGAAUCUCAUUGAGGGGUUUGAUGGCGAAAAGCAGCUCUGUUGUCUGGAAUGAUCAAAUGUCAUCAUUUUACACACUCAAGUAACGUCAUUUCUGUGUUCACUUUAUAUCCACUCCUUAAUUUGUGCAAUCUGGUUAUGCACCAAACCAACCGCCAAAAUGGUGGUAAGCAGGCCUAUAAGGCCUGUAUUCACUAUAUCGACAGGCAGUCUACCCAGCUGUCAGAACUGCUGAAGUAUGGCUGUUGUGCGGCCAUAUUCUCAACAGAUGUCUUAGCUCUGAGAACAGCAGUACAUUAGAGAGGCCCCUUUGUAAAGUAUGUGAAUAUUGUUCUUUGACUGUGUUUUAUUGAUAGUGUGAAAGGGUUAUCAGGUGAGAUGAAGACCAUAUCCACGUCCCUCAUCAUUUAGGUGCACAAUCUGUGGUAAAGCUAUCUGUGUAAGUAAUGCAGUAUUCAUCUGUCUUUCUAUUUCUCUAUCCGUCCUACAAACAAUAUCAUCCAAAAAAUGUCAGAAUAUGUACGUUCUUGUGCAGACUCAACUGUAUAUCAUUGAAUAUCUGUGUUGUAUUGAAGAAAGUCCUCCAGUGAAGUAUUGAUUGAAAAAUUACAGCUACUCAUACAGUUGAAGUCUGAAGUUUACAUACACCUUAGCCAAAUACAUUUAAACUCAAUUUCACAAUUCCUGACAUUUCAUCUGGGUAAAAAUUCCCUGUCUUAGGUCAGUUAGGAUCACCACUUUAUUUUAAGAAUGUGAAAUGUCAGAAUAAUAGUAGAGAGAAUUAUUUAUUUCAGCUUUUAUUUUUUUCAUCAUAUUCCCAGUUGGUCAGAAGUUUACAUACACUCAAUUAGUAUUUGGUAGCAUUGCCUUUCAAUUGUUUAACUUGGGUCAAACGUUUUUGGGUAGCCUUCCACAAGCUAAUCACAAUAAGUUUUUUAAAAUUUUGCCCAUUCCUCCUGACAAAGCUGGUGUAACUGAGUCAGGUUUCUAGGCCUCCUUGCUCGCACACAAUUUUUCAGUUCUGCCCACACAUUUUCUAUAGGAUUGAGGUCAGGGCUUUGUGAUGGCCACUCCAAUACCUUGACUUUGUUGUCCUUAAGCCAUUUUGCCACAACUUUAGAAGUAUGCUUGGGGUCAUUGUCCAUUUGGAAGACCCAAUUUCGACCAGGCUUUAACUUCCUGACUGACGUCUUGAGAUGUUGCUUCAAUAUAUCCACAUAAUUGUCCCUCCUCAUGAUGACAUCUAUUUUGUGAAGUGCACCAGUCCCUCCUGCAGCAAAGCACCCCCACAACAUGAUGCUGCCACCCCCGUGCUUCACGGUUGGGAUGGUGUUCUUCGGCUUGCAAGCCUCCCCCUUUUUCCUCCAAACAUAACGAUGGUGAUUAUGGCCAAACAGUUCUAUUUUUGUUUCAUCAGACCAGAGGACAUUAAUCCAUGUGCAGUUGCAAACCAUAGUCUGGCUUUUUAUGGCGGUUUUGGAGCAGUGGCUUCUGCUGAGCAAACUUUCAGUUUAUGUGGAUAUAGAUACUUUUGUACAUGUUUCCUCCAGCAUCUUCACAAGAUCCUUUGCUGUUGUUCUGGGAUUGAUUUGCACUUUUCACACCAAAGUACGUUCAUCUCUAGGAGACAGAACUCGUCUCCUUCUCGAGCAGUAUGACGGCUGUGUGGUCCCAUGGUGUUUAUACUUGCUUACUAUAGUUUGUACAGAUGAACGUGGUACCUUCAGGCGUUUGGAAAUUGCUCCCAAUGAUGAACCAGACUUGUGGAGGUCUACCAUUUUUUUCUGAGGUCUUGGCUGAUUUCUUUCAUUUUCCCUUGAUGUCAAGCAAAGAGGCAUUGAGUUUGCAUUGACUCAAAUAAUGUCAUGGCUUUAGAAGCUUCUGAUAGGCUAAUUGACAUCAUUUUUGGAAUUUUCCAAGCUGUUUAAAGGCACAGUCAACUUAGUGUAUGUAAACUUCUGGCCCACUGGAAUUGUGAUACAGUGAAUUAUAAGUGAAAAAAUCUAAACAAUUGUUGGACAAAUUACUCAUCAUGCACAAAGUAUAUGUCCUAACCGACUUGCCAAAACUAUAGUUUGUUAACAAGAAAUGUGUGGAGUGGUUGAAAAACGAGUUUUAAUGACUCCAACCUAAGUGUAUGUAAUCGUCCAACUUCAACUGUACAUGUGAAAGUAAUACACUUUUUAAACAAGUGA